AUGCUCAAAGAGAGGUAUGGGGUGUACAGGACAGGAAAGAUCUGCGUGGCAGCGUGUGCUAUUUCUUUAAAACUGUACCAGGAGGCCAAGGUGGAGCGGCCCCCGUUCGCCGAGGGCGGGGGCGGGCGGGAGGCGGCGUCGCGGCUCCCAGCGCCGAGGGCCGGGCGCGGUGUCGCAGGCGGAGCGGAGCCCCGAGCCCCGAGCCCGGGCAGGAUGCGCCUCGCCGCCCCGCUGCUGCUGCUGCUCCUGGCUGCGCUCCCCGGCCGGGGCCGCCGGGAGCCCCCCGCGCCGGGGCCGCCGCAGGCCGCGCAGGGCCCCGCCAACGCCACCCGGCCGCCGCCGGAGCCGCCGGGCGCCCCCGGGAACCACAGCGGCGCCCGGGUCAGCCUCCUGCCCGCGCUGCUCCGGGACCUGUCCGCGCUCAAGGCCGCCGUGAUCGGGGCCUGUGUCCUCAGCGCCGGCCUCAUCGGCUGCCUGCUGCUGCGGGUCUGCAGGUCUGGCAAGAGGAUUAAGAAGACACGGAAGUACGACAUAAUCACAACCCCGGCUGAGCGAGUAGAAAUGGCCCCUCUGAAUGAAGAUGAUGAUGAUGAUGAUGAAGACUCGACAGUGUUUGAUGUGAAAUACAGGUAAAGCUGUUGUUGGAGCGCCGGUUCCCUGUGAGAAGUCAGUCAGCUGUCGAGAGCCCUGCUGAAGCUUAACUGUGAAGGAGAAGCUUUCAUCUCUGCAAUAUUGAAACCAAAACAAACAUUGCUGCCUCCCUGAUGUUGUUUAUACAGCACACAGCAGCAGGGUGUUUGAUUCUCUGCCCAAAAUGUCACCAUUAAACUCCUAGUUUCCAAACUUCCACAGUAGAAUGACCUGAGAUCCUCCUCGUAGACUCUGAUCUGUUGCUUGAAGAGGCUGUGGGGUUGCUAAAGCAUAUGGGGUGGAUACAGCACUGUGUAUAGACUUUCUGCACUCACUGCUCCAAAUAAAUUUUUGUAAAAGGAGGGGGGGGAAAAAACCCAAAAUCAGACCCCAAAAGACUUUUUCCUCUAAAAACUGAAUCAGAUACUUUUGGUCUCUGUUAAACAGAUCUUGCAUUUUAAAGACUUGGAAUUGUAUGAUCCUGGGCCUAGAGAAAUUCUUGCCCAUCUGAUGAAGGCUGGUGGCUGAAACUGUGCUGAAAUGUCAAUGUGCAUGGGUUGGGUUCUUUAUUUUUUUUAAUUUUGUGACUGUUGUAAAAAAUUGUAAUGACUUGCUACUGAUUUUAACAAUUGCACUAAACCCUCCUAUAAUGAUGUAUUCGUUUUCCAAUAAAGCUCUUGUCAGACUUAGUUAAAUAACAUGAGACCAUAGGGAAGCAGAAAAACUAGGCAAAUACCAUACUACAGAAAUCUUGGAUUGGAGGAAAUAGAUGUCUAUUUUUGUAACUCCCCGCCCUUCAUAUGAAGUAAGACACAAUAUUUUUUGCCAUCUUGUGUCCUCUCCUGGCUGUAAUUCUUCUGCUAAUCAAAUUUUUAAUCAAUCUUUUUACGAAAGAUCUGAUAUGCAGUUGUUAAAUUGCAGGAAGAGAACACUGGUUCUUUCUGCCCCCCCCUCCUUGGAAGCAUUCGUGCAAAGAAUCCUCUCUGCACCAAACUGGAAAUCUGCCCGCUGGCUGGCUGCCAAAUCCCAUAUUACACUAAGAGAUGGUUUUACCCUUGCUAUCUACAAUGCUUCACACUGGUAGAGCUGUGGGAUGGCUAUUUUAAAAAAACUAGAAUAUCUGUAAUCUAGGCUGAUUAAGAUCCAUAGCCUAUGAGUUCUGUGCAUAAAUUCAGUGUGAUUCUUUGAAAGCUCUGAAUUCAAAGUUAUUGGCAUGGUUGCUCUGUUUUACGGUGUUCUUGAAAAGCAGCUGCAGUUCUGAUGAGCUUUACUUGACAUACUGACACUCUUAUUGUGUGUUCUGCCAAUAUUUAUGUCAAAUACCCUUUUACUUCAGGAUUUUAAUCCAUCUGGAGCCCCUCUUGCCUUUAUGAUGUUAAAAUUACCUCCUGUUUUUGGAACGUACCAACAUUUGCUUGACUCUUUUGGUAAAUUCUGCAAUUUGCUUGGUGGGUUGUGACUGCGAAGAGUCUGUUGCAAAGCUGCCUCUCUAUAAUAACUGCUCAAAGACUGCCCAUGGAAUUCUUGAUUUGUUAUCAUGACAGUAGGUUAUACUACUCUCACUUGUUCGGAGCACUCCCACGCCUUGCACCCUGAAACAGCCUGGUAUAGAUGCUGCACUCUUUCUUCACUCCACUUUGGCUCUUUGCAAGAAGGCCUCCAUGUUCUGCAAUAGCAAUUUGCAUUGACAGAAGCAAAAUUGUAGUAGUCUUCUGACGAGCAUACAGUGCAGUUUGGUGGUGUCCCUCUGAGUCCUUGCCUGAUGUAGCCCCAGCAUUCUAAAUUCCUUUCCCCUUACCUGCUAAAUGAGUGUUUUGUCACUCCAUGUUUCCUCUUUAAAGUGUAGCAAUGGUCAGAAAAGUGACAGAGUAAAAAGUUCACCUUCAUACUCAAUAGAUCAACUUCCUGUGUGUCUGAUUUCAUACCUGCUUUAUUGGCCUGUGCAUUUUUAUUCAUAGUGACUAUGCGGAGCUUACACAGCUCUGGAAGAGUGAACUGGAUUCCAUUCAGCUUUAUGAAUCUUUGACUAAACUUUCUGAGUUCCAAUGGUGGAAUUGUUAUUGCUAGUGACAACAUGAUAGGCAGAACCCAGCUGCAUUUUCAGAUCCCAGGUGGCAUUUCCAGCACUGGCAGUUAGCAAAACUGGCCUCUGUUGACUUGGAGUACAUUUGCUGUGGGAGACUGAGAAUGCAAAGGAAGCUCCUGAUGGGAUUUCUGCUGUUACUUUUCUGACUGUUAAUGCACUUUUAAAGUGGAUCGUUUGUUGGGAGAGAAUCCCAUUCUGUACAGAGCAAUGUAGCAAAUAGUAUCAUGCAUUAAAAGAGGGAGCCAAGGCAGUUGUAAGUCAAUAAAAAGUGGUGGUGGAAAAUUCUUUGACACAAUUGUGCUCUCAUUUGAACUCUACAUGAGAGUAUUUAGCAAAGGCUUCACAGCUGGCCCAUGUUGGAAAAUUCCCACAGCAGAACUAAUUAGAUAUCCAGACAAUAUCAAUAUAAAGUAAAUUCAAGUCACUCCAUAGUGCUGUUAUUGAGCAAUAUUUAAUGUGUCAGCUAAGAGGUAAAAGGUGGAGAAAUUGAUUAGGGUAAGUCCAAGCACACUGAGCUCUGGAUUGCAGGAACUGCAAGAGGCCCAUAGGCUAUGAUGACGCGCGAUGGCUUGGGAACACUUUUUCAAGACAGCAUGUUACAGAAAUGGACUGGAUGGCUCUAAGUAGGCAACGUGAUGUCCUUUGGAGUUGGUAAAGCCUAUGAAGAAGAGCGAGUUAUGGGAAGUCCUUGGACAGGUUGAGUCCUGAAGUGAAAAAUGGCAAUGCUGGGUAGAAGGAUGGGUUAAAGCUUCGAUUUCCCCCUUCAGCAACAAGGUAAAGGGGGUGGCAUGACUACUCUCUCAAUGAAAGAGCCAUCAUGGCAUGUGUUGGACAUCCCUUUCAGAGGAGAAUUUAUGAAGAGCAUCUGGAGCUCCAGAGGACAUGUCCUUUGGUCAGCCAUGGCUUGUCUGGAGUAUCCUGAAACCUUUUCUGGGGACCGAGGGGCACUUUUUACUGCUGAAGACCGGAUCCAGGUUCUGCAGAUGUAGAGAGAGGAGGAAAUAAGGCCAUUUCAGUUUACCUAGUCUUUCAGAUGGUCUGAGCAAACUCUCUUGCUGAAUUCAGUGGGAGUCUGUCACUGGGAUUUGUCAGACCCUAUGAGCCCUGCUGAGUUUAAGUAAGUCAGAGGCAGUCUGCCUGACUUGCCUGUUGCUAACAAGCAAGAUUGUUUGUUUCUGUAGUCCUCAGUGAACCUUUUGGUGGGGAACAAUGUGAUUUUUUUUUUUCUCCCUGCCCUCCUCCCUUUCUCCCCAAAGGCACCAAGGAUGUAGGUGCCCAACUAUCUUUGGAAUAAGGACAACUCACUCCCUGGGGCUCCUUUGGUAAAACCAAACCUGUGUAUAUAAACUAAUGGAGCUAGAGGAGAAAUGGCUGCCUGAUGAAAGAAAUCAGGGCACCUUUACUAGUGUCAUUCAAGGUCAUGUCAACAUCAGGUCAACAUGAUGGUCGUGUUGCCUGAUGUUAAAUUGCUAUUGUAAACAUGGGACGAUAUUUACCUCUUUCUAAAGGUCACUAUAUGUGAUUUCAGAUGUUUGUCUAGCUAAAUAUUUGUACAAGUUUAUUUCAGUUAAGACAUUAAGAACAGUUGAUGUAACUCAUUGUGUGUGUGUGUGUGUGUGUGUGUGUAUUAUAUAAACUUUUUUUUUGUAGAUAGUAAUUAGUUACAACAUAGCUUAAAUGAUUUUGGAAUACCUAAUUUUAGAUUUCUAUUGAAGAAUGGCUAGCCAUUAACCACUACAUUGAAGUAAUACAUGUUCUGUGUGUCUUACACUGUAGAAUUCCAGUCUGGUUGCUGUUGUAACCUGUUCAAUGUUCGCAGCUCUUUGUAUUGCAUAGUCUUAAAGCUGCUUUGGCAGAGAGUGGCUUUUAAAGGCCCAUUUUUAUUUUAUAGAAAAUGGAGAAACACUAUCGUAUAACAUUCAUGUUAAAUUUAACUUACUACUCAGCAAAAUACACUUUAAAUACCUGUUUAAUCAAACCAAUAGAGAGCAAGUAAACUAAAGUUAUUUUUACUGGAACAUGCCACAAUGUGGACAAAUACCUUACUUUGUGACAAAUUACAGUCUCUUUACUCUGCUGACCAUAAUUCUUUUUGGGGAGGUUCCAUUUGAGAAACCCACAAUGCUCAGCUGAUCAAAGGCUGUCCCAGCUCCCUUUCUCCCUCUGGGUCUGCCAUGUCUGCUCUUCUGAGAGAGAGGAAUCACUUGUGUAGACUACAUGCUUAUAUGGCCCUCUCAACAAGCUGAACAAGGGACAAGGUCCGUCUCACCAGAAGAAGUAAGUUGGAACUGGAUGUGACUUUUUUAGCAAAAGGCUGAAAUGAUUGCAAACCCUUUUAUAACCUUGCUAGUGUAUAACACUAAGUUGCAUACAUCAGACUUUAUUCCAAGCACAAACUGAUUUAAUGUCAGUAAAUGAGAGCACAAGCUGGAGUGUAUUUGGAGAGCCAGUUUUGUAAGUAUACCCUCUAAAUUACUGUUGAUGAUGUAAUUUCAUCAGGGUGGAGAUUGUGGAUUUAAGAUUUCUCUUUUCAGUUUCUGCUUAUGCCAGUUUUGUAUGUGGCUUUGUAAGAACCAUGCAGUCACCAGGCCAUUGAUGAAAACGUUGAUUUAGAAUUUGCCCUUGUGACCAAAGCUUCCAUUUAAAAAAAAAAAAAAAAAAAAAGGUAAUGCAAGUUUGGAUGGCCAUCUCGUGUUACAAUAGGAAACUGUUGCUAUUAAACAUGUUCUUAUAAAUCCA